AUGCAUAGGGGCACCCGUCAGCAGCUAGAAGCAGCUUUAAGCGUCGGACAAUCUCAGCUGUUGAAAAGAAUGAGGGAGCUGACAGCAAACUCAUCCAAGGAUGGACUUGAUUGUGACUUUGGUCCUCAGGCCAUGACCGACCUGGUGUCUACCAAGCCAGAUAAGGCAUCAAAAUGGAAAUACCAGGGAGUGGCUGAAAAGCAUGACAAACAAAUUGCAACUUCACGUGUGCUGAGGAGGGAAAGAGACUGGCAAAGAUGGUAUAUAGAGAGGGAGGGAGGGAGGGAGUUGACUGUUGGCAUCUGGCCAUCAAUGCAUUGUUUAGCCAUUAUGGAAUGGUUUUCUGUGCAAGGCUACCCAAGGGCUGCCACAUUUAAAUCAAAGCUGGCGCCAAGUUUCAAACCCUAUGCCUCUCUGUCUCAAGUUCCUCACAGCACUGGUAACACCACCAAUACCGCCAGUGCUAACAACGCAAUAAUGGGUUGUCCUCAGAAUUCUCAGUUCUCCUCUAUGUAUGGACCACUGAGCUACCCUUCAACACCUUCAAACUCGUUAAAUCAGUCAAACUGCUUUCCACCACAGUACUAUAUGCCACCACCUUGUGAAAGCUUCCAAUUUCCAUACACACAUUCUCUAGAUCAGCAGCCUAGCCAGUAUGCACCAUCUGCAGAUCCUUUCUAUCCUCUCAUGGUUGGCCAAAAUGCUUUUGAAAUGCAAAGAUCAUGCGUUUUGCAGCCUAAUGCGUUACAAUUAGAGCAAGAAAGGAGAGCUCUUGAUGCAUACAAGACAAAGAUGGCAAGGUGUAAGAGAAAACUUGCACGCCAAAGAAGCCUUAGUAAUAAAAACUCUACUGGGGCUAGUUCAACUCAAAUAACGGAUGCAAGGAGAUUGGCUUUGCAUGGUGCUAGUACUGAUGACCAAAGCAGCAGGAGCAAUACUAGCAAAGAUCUUUACAGGUUCUUAACACCUGAUAACAAGAGACUGAGAGCGUUACUUAGGAAGGACUUGAGGAAUAGUGAUGUUGGGUCUCUUGGCAGGAUUGUCCUUCCAAAGAGAGAAGUAGAGGAAAAUCUUCCUGUCCUCAAUGAUAAAGAAGGAAUCCUACUUUUUCUCAGAGACAUAUUCUCUAGCCAAGAGUGGGCCUUAAAGUUCAAGUAUUGGUCUAACAACAAGAGUAGGAUGUAUGUUCUCGAAAAUACAGGAGAAUUCGUAAAGCGAAAUGGGCUGGAGACUGGAGAUUCCCUUUCUCUUUACGAGGAUGAGAGCAAAAACCUCCAGUAUUUCUCUAUCACAAAGGCGGGAAGGCCAGCAUCGGUGCCAUCUCAAACACCACAGCCUACUAACCAAAACUAUAACUACAUAUACACACCGCAGAUAUGCGAAGCUAGGGAUGAAGAAAAAUCAUCUUUAGCUCUACUUAUAGAACAACUUAACAAAAAUGAACAAGAAGAAGCUAACAGCCUUAUGGCUGUGCCUACGGACGCUGCUUGUUCAUAUACACAUAACGCACAACUAAACAACGAUCCUUUCAACAACUUAAGUACCUAUUCCCAACCAGCAUCUUCAGCUAUGCAACCUUCUUCAUCAAAUGGUAAAAUGAAGGAGGUAGAUGAUUCUCAUAUCGAUGACUGCUAUACUGGUCUUGGUAUGCUCCCAGAUGUCUACCGCUAUAAUUUUUCGUUAUGA